AUGAACAACCUAAAAACCGUUCUACAGCAGCUCAAAAGUGAAAAGAUAAAGGAGCGACAGGAUGGAAUCUCGGCUUUGCGCACUGUCUUCAGUCGUGAUCAAGCCGUCCUUAACCUCGACGAAUCUGGCGAUGGUCGCGCAUGGUUGGUUGUGUUCCAGGCUCUGUUCACUGCGGUUAUCAACGAAAAGGCAAUAUGUAUGAAGAAAGCUGCUUCUGGAAAGGCCGGAACAACAGGUGCCACCGCUUUGCGUAGGCUUGGGGAUGCUGCAGCUACCGUACGGUGGUUGACUGAGAGAAGUGUCCACUUGCUGAACAAGAAGGUGGUCAAAGCACUUCUGGCUCAUCUUCUUCAGGUCAUGGUCAAUAAAGGUUCUCUUUACACUCAAGUUGCAUUAGACUACUUGAAGGCGAUAAAAUCCGCUCUCAGCUGGACACCACACAUGGAUCACCUUGACGAAGACAACUGGUUAAAGAUCACAGAAAUGGCUUUCAAUGUCAUUUUAGGUGACCCAGUCAGAAAGGGUAUCAACGAGAAUGAAGACGAUGAUAGCACUGAGAAGAUGGAGGUGGACGAUUCCAUGUACCAAGACCCCGAGUAUGAAGACGAUGAAGACGAAGAGGGAUAUCUUCCGUCGCGGUCUACUCCGAGCACCCAAGUACGAAAAAGGAGACGAAAAGAAGAAAGCGCAACGCCUGGUCCUAGCUUAAGCCGUUCUACUUUCAACUCCAAGGCGACUGGUUCAAUGGUUGUUUCUCUCGAACAGAUCGAAUGCACAUCUUUACUAGUUAUUCUACUUCGCUCUCCUUCUGCCCCAUUACUGUCUUCGAAUAACCCUCAUCUUUCUUCGUCUAUUCUUAUUCGCUUGCGCCGCUUUCUUGAUUAUUAUCCUGCAGACACUUCUUUACAUCAUGAUUACAUUUUGGCACUGCAAGCAGUCCUAUCCCACCUGGCUUUAAAUCGGAAAAACGACGUGGAAAUAUUUACUCGUGGAGCAUGGGAUGGUUUGGUAAACCUAUGGGGAACCAAGAACAAACGUAUGAAGGAGAGCCUCGUCGGCGUUCUUAGGGUCCUCUUUCCCUUUCUGACCGUAAGCAAGAGAGGCUCUGACUAUAGCUGGGCUGAUGGAGUAGGAAGACUCUGGCACCUUUUAAAUGGUGAAGCGGAGAGUCGUUGGGGCAUCGAGAGUCUCUCACUUGAAGCAUUGAGGCUGGAGGUUGUCGCUUUCGAGGACGAGGAGAUUUGUGAACGUGAAGCAUUUGUUGCUCAUACGUUUCGUGCCGGCUGGCAUUUUGAUGCUAAUCAAGCAUUAGCAUGGGCUGUCCUUGAACUUCAGGCAGAUUGCGCCCAACUUCUGUUUCAACAUUCCGAGUCUGUUCAUACUGGCACUCCAGGUUCUGGUGUCGAUGGCAAACGCUUAAAGCGCGAAGAUCCUAUCACAUCCCUGUUGCAUUCAAUACGUUCGAAUUCUGCCUUCAACAUCCGCUCUUACCAUCUUCAAAUAUUAUUAUUCUUCAUAGACCGCCAUUGGUGCAGAUUGCACGAUUCACUGCAAGAGGAUGUUGUCACUGUCCUCCUACAGCUCAUUUCGUUCGAAAAUGCGCAAAUCCAAUCCUGGGCUUUUAUGUGCAUCGCAGCUAUAGCCCACUCAGAUGGAGUCAGCUAUCUUUCUAGGGCAUUACCGUCUCAUGGUACGACUGUUCAGCCAGCUAGUUCACGAGGUCCAACAACUUGGGAUCCGAUAUGGACUCAUGCGAUGCGCCGAGCAAAUGUCCCAGUUGUCUGUCGUGCCGCCUGCCACACAGCUAACACUUUGAUCUGUCAUGCAAAACGCCUUCUUACUUCUCAUCGCGUCUUGCUCGAAAUUGAAGCUCUUGCAAAGGAUCUUGACGUACAAGGUCCUCCAUUUCCUUAUGAUUCUGUUUGCAUAUUCUUAGCGGGGUGCUUGCGCGUAGCAAGUCAGGACGUAAGGCUUUAUCGAAUGCAAUUGGAGGAGAAAGUUCUCAGCUGGCUGUUGGAAAACUGGAGAGUGGGUCCAGCGCACUCGAGUCGAGAAGGAGAUAGGAAGUCUCAGAUGCCAUUGCAUACCGUUGGCGACAUUAUGAAUUUGCUGGAGAAUGUGUGCGGAAGUUCGAAUCGCAGUGACUUGGUGUGUCGUGUUCUGUUACCAGAAUGUUCCGUUGUCGACGUCAUGGUGGACGAACGGAAAACGAGGGUUAUCAAAGACUUUUUAUUAUAUGCUCGACUACCGCGAUUCAGGAGGGCUGCCGAAACCCCAGUUGAGCCUGAGUUUAACGUUACUCACUCUCGAAUGGCAUAUCACGUAGGAACCGACAAGGAACUCGACCAACCGACCAGCCGAGAGCGGAAAGUCUCUUCGGCCAUGUUGAAGUUCUUGGAGUCUCUCGCCGCAGAAUGGGAAUUAAUCAAGGAGGUGAAUGCAAACCCUACCGCUGAAAAGGCCAGGCAAUCCCUCGAUAUCGCUAUAAUUGCCAUUGUAUUUGAGUCGCUGCUGGUUUGGAAUGGCACUCGUUCAAACAGGCGCGUCUUACAGUGCGCUGGCAAGGUGAUUACACUGGUAGCUCCUUUCCUAACGAGCACUAGAUGGACAGUCGAAGAAAGAGCUCUGAUACUUCAUGCUUUAGAGCCUCUGAUUCUCAGUGGUGAAGAAGAUAGCGGUGACGAUGAGUGGGAUUUUAUGUUGACUCCCAACAUUGGGACAGGCAUCAAGGCUCAGGUAUUGAGUGCCUUAAAUUCGCAUACAGAGCAAAGCAAGCAGGUUUUCGCUAAACGACGAGAUUUUCAACGUGUGGUUUGGCAAAAUAUGGAAAUCCAAAGUAUCCUGAGUACGGUCAUGGGCACACUGAGACAUGUCCUUCGUAAUUCCGUCAAUGAGGGCCGUAGUGAUUCAAACCCUUCCCAUCUCACGGACAUCGACGACAAAGAUGACUUUGGACCAAUUCGUACAUCGCUUUCGACUCUCCAAUCCUCUUCUACUGACCGGCCAGUUGAUGGUAGUAGCAGCAGUACAUAUGUCAUCGAUCUUUGCAUGACAUUUCUAGCUGUCACACCAGUCCUUCAAGCUUCUUCAGGGGAGCCAACUCGAGAUAAAGAACUUACUGGACUUAUUUUGGACUGUCCUGAAGAUAAAUUUCUUUUACUUGGUCCCGCUUAUUUCAACCAAGCUCGUCGUAGGCUGCUGAGCAUUGGCGUUCACGUUUUUGAUCAAAUCCUUGACAAAUUUGGCGCCAUGCUUCCCCUAUACGGUUAUUCUCGGAACGAAAAAUUACAGUUAUUGGCUGUGCAUUUUCUUCAUUCAACGCUGCACGUCUGGCUACAGACAUCCUUCACGGAAACAGAAGUCGGCGAGCACGUCCGAGAUCUAUGUGCAUGGAUAUCUCGGAUGAUUCAAAGCAACAAGGCUCAUUCUUGGAGAAUGCGCGAUGCCGUUUCUCGUUUCAUGACCACUUACAUGAUUCAAGAUCCUUCCCAGUUAUGCUGGGCGGGCCCACCAGACGAGGGCAGAAAUGAAGAAACAGACUCAUUACCCGCCAGUAUUCUUCCCAUGCUGGGAGCGGAUGAGGAUAUCAGAGUACGUUUUCGGGUCGCUGUGUCCAAUGCCAAUAUUUUUGCCUUAGCUAGAGUCACUGGACGCGAUGUUCUGCACAUAUACGAGGAGAUCAAGGAAUGGCUUACUAAGGAUCUCCAAAACUAUGAGUAUAUGCUCACCCGAAUGUUGACGCUGGGCAACAUCAUGAUUAUAAGCUCCGCCGUCAGACGUGGGCCAUAUUGGCACUUGCUGGAGGCGGCCUUUCACAGCCCACAUUAUGCUCUCCACAUCCAAUCUAUCCUUUCUGGUGUUUCUGAAAGGCUUGGCUUGACGUGUCCUUCUCAGCUGUUUGAAGCGUACGCUUCUCAGAUUGCCUAUUCGAUAAGGCAGGCGCUGCAAGAUAUUUUGCGAUUACCUCCUCAUCUUCUAGGUUACAAGAAUAGGAAAGAAUGUGCUGAAGCUACGUUUCGUGCCUUUACGCCUACUAACAUGAUAGCAGGAGGUCCAGAUAUGGAAGCUAUCGUCCAUGGGCAGAGACUCUUCGCUAAUCAUUGUGCUGCUGUUCAAAAUUCUCCCAUCGAAGGUACACGCACCUGCUUAGGCGACCUUGUUGGUUUUCAGCUCGUGUACUGGCUGGAUGAAGAUGUAGGGGAAGUCGGUGGGUCAUCCCACAGCCUUGAGGAACUCCUUCAAUCAAAAGGAGUACCUCUGGAUGCAUUAGGUGGAUUUGAUGAAUGUCUUACACGAAAUGUUGAUAGCAUCGUCGCUGCCGUUUUGCGCACACUUGGAGACCAAGAUUUCUCUCCGAAUGGUGCCAUAAUACAAGGUUUACGUAGCUCAGGAGAAUCGGACAAGGCCAUACUGGUUUUCCAGAAAGUGAAUCAAUACCGAACUUUGGGGGAUUUUGAUGUUCAUAAUCCCAAUCUUCCCACUUUCGCUACUAUCACUAUUCUACGAGCUUUGCGGUGGUUAACCUCCAAGAUCGCCAAUCACAAUAGGAAAGCCACCACCUUUCACGUACUUCAUCAGUUAUUUGCAGAUAUUCAGCACACACCUUUGGUCAAUGAACAGAUACGUUUACUGAACGGCAUAUCUAUCCUAGUAUCUGUUUGGCACGAUUGUUUCGAGGAUUCUGUCUUGCUUCAUACCCUUAUCCAUCAGGCCACUUCCUUAUUGGCGCAGACCGACUUAACACAAGUGGCUCGAUCGUAUUUGGAAUGGGCUUUUGGUCUAUACAGGCAAACUACUGAAAUCGAUCAUCACUUCCCUGAUGUCCUGAUCAGCGUGUGCGCCAUAGCCUAUGAUUAUGCUGCCAACACUCGGGAUACCUCCAUCAUGGAGCUAGGAAAUGAUCUCCUUAGAUGGAUCGACGAGCAGGCGCUAAAACUUUGUCGGCCUGCAAAAACCAAGUCACAGGUUCUGAAGGCAAUACCAGCUUGGCCACACCAGCCUUCUUCGGAGUUAAUGUCCAUAUACGAGGAUAUCACGUCUGAAAAGCUAUCAGCCAUCCUUAGUGACUAUCGAAUCACAUCGAAUAAAUUUCGUCUAGUGAGGCGUCUACGCGAUGUAUCUAUCGAGCAGAAGUACGAUACAAUCCGGUUCGCAACAGUAGACUUCUGGCGUCUCAAGGAGUGCAUCCCAUCCAAAGUACACCUACGAAAUGAUGAUGUAGACGCUUUUGCUUCACUCUUGAUUCAAAAUUCCGGCGAUAUCUCCAGUUUUGACAGAGAACAAUCAUAUCCACAAUCUGUGCGAGGGCGACACCGACGUGGCGGGAGGAGGCGGGUCGCGUUGGGUGACGCUUCACCACAGCAAUCGAUUGUGCAGUCGCUACUUGCAAUGCUGGAUAGCACUUCUUCUACCCAAGUUAACAUGUCUUACCGUACUCUCCGUUCGCUUAUGUCUGUGUCUUCCGAAGAACUAUUCUUGCAAGCAUGGUCUUUCGAGAAUCGGGCUCCGCUGGAAUAUCUUCAGCAAUACCCUGUGGUGCCUAAAACCAGACCGGUGCGUUCUGUCGAAGAACUGCAAAAUUGGGACAUUCAAUUAGGGGUAGAAUUCUCUCAAUGGAUAAGCAUGAUCACGAUUCUACUCUGUGAUGUCCUAGCUUCGGACAAUCCCUUCUACGCACAAUUCUCUCACAUCUUACAGUCUGAUAUAACGCUCGCCGAAGAUAUGCUGCCAGUUUUGACCCACACCUUGUUACAGGGUGACUUAUCCACAAAAGCAUCAUUCGACACACCUUCUGGGAAUCGAAAUAAGCUCUCCGAAUAUAUGAGUGUUAUCCUUCAAGCGGAUGACUCGCAUGUAUCAUGUCUACGCUGCAUCGUCGAUGUUAUCUUGCAUCUGCGCCAUUUUCGACCAAAUAAUACGACCGAUGCUCUGGCCCAUGAUAAAUGGCUCGGCGUCGAUUAUGGAAUUCUUGCAAGAAGUGCCGUUACCUGCGGUGCUUACACGACUGCCCUAUUAUUUUUGGAGCUUUCCUUGGAAUAUCAAGUGUCUACGAACGAUAGCCUUCACGCCGAACAUAUCUUGUUUGAAAUCUACAGUCAUAUCGACGAACCUGAUGGAUUUUAUGGGAUUCAAACUCCAGACUUGCGCGAAUUCUUGAUCAAACGUUUUCAUCACGAGAAGCAAUGGGAGAAGGCAUUCCGUUUCCAUGGUGCUGCUUUGGAGGCAGACAGGUCAGAAUCUUCCGAUACAGAGGGACUUUUGCGAGCCUUUCAUGCAUUCGGUUUCAAUAAUCUUGCUAUAGGUGCUCUACAGAAUUCACACUUUGGAUUUGAUUCCGAGAUGGGAUCAUAUGCCAUGAGUUAUCGCUUAGGAUGGCGAACAGAGACUUGGGACCUACCAGACAAAAGAGAUGCAGACUCUGGGAUAUCGCUUUAUCGAGCUCUCCGGGCAAUAUACCGCGAACGCAAUCCUCAGACCAUUGACACGAUUCUUCAACAGGCGCAGCGCGACGAGAUGGAACGGCUUCGUAUAUUGGGGACAGAGAAUAUGAUGGAAAUUCGUGAAGUCACACAGAACCUUAUGUGCCUCGGUCAGAUAAGCAGGUGGAGAAGUAGACCGAUUCAAGAUCGUCUACAGAAGCAAAAUACUGCCGUCUCCGAAUGGUCUGACUUUGUUCACCUGGAAGCCGAGUUUGAUUUUGCUGAUCUGGAGAGUAUCAUGGCAACACGCAUGUCGUUGGUGCGCUCUGUUAGGCAAAGGGAGGAACGUGAGCAGAUAGGAAAUCUUCUCACACCGUUCAUCCGCACCUUGGUAGACAUCGAAAAAACAUGUCUUGUUCAUCUCUCACAGGCUGCUCGAGGAUCUAAGCAGCUUCAAAUUGCCCUAAACGCAAUCAUCAAAGCUCAACGGUUGGAGAAGUUCCCUACUCCCGAGGUAUCUCAGGAAUUUGCGAAUGUUCUUUGGGACCAAAAUGAGCAGAAGUUAGCCGUACAGUUUCUGAAAGAAGCAAUCAACCAUGCAACCAGCGAAAACGCAAUUAUUGAUAUGGAGUCCAACAAGAAAAAAGCACUUCUUCUUUCCCGCUUGGGUUCCUGGACUUCGGAAGCUUGUUUGGAAAAGCCGACCGAUAUCAUGGCCAACUUUUUUCAUCCAGCGACUGAACUUGCAGUUGAGGUCGAGCAACGAGCCAAUUCAUCCGAUUCGGCUUGCGCGAAUGUCUAUCGCCAAUGUGCUAUAUUUGCUGAUCAGCAAUACCACGCCAUCUUCAAUUCUCCUGAUGCUGUUCGAUGGAAAAUAUAUAUGGAUCGCAAGCUACAGGAGAUCUCGAGCUAUGAAAGUCAACUGCAAAGCUUGGUGAAGGGGACAAACGAAUUUAACAGGCGGGAACGCGAACGGAAGAAGGCACAAACGCUCUUUGAUACCGACCAACACUUAUACCAACAGCAUAGUGAAGCUCAGAAUUCGUUUCUUGAACAGGCUCUGGACAUGUACUCGCGUUGCUUGGCUUCCUCUGACGAAUUUGAUGACGACAGUCCAAUUCGCUUGUGUACACUUUGGUUUGCUAACUUUGAGAACCAGCCACUCCAAGAUAAAGUACAAGUUGCUCUCGGUCGGGUACCUUCACGAAAAUUUGUUUUUCUGGCGCACCAGCUUUCAGCACGCAUCUCAAAUUUACAUGCUCCAGAUUUGCCUAAGAACCAGCAGAAUUUACAGGAUCUGGUUUUGCGCAUGUGCCAAGAACACCCUUUCCACAGCCUUUAUCAGGUUUAUUCUCUACGUCCAGAGCAGCCGGUGGUCGGUAUUAGGAGUUCGUCACGACACGAACCUUCUCCAUCACAGACUGGGCGCGCAGCUGCCGCUGACGAUAUCUUCGACCGACUUCGAAAUGACGCUAUCCACGGAAGCAGGGUCCGGGCGGUAGAGCAAGUUUGUGCCGUUUCCGUUCAAUGGGCCAAACAUCCGGUAGGAAGUGACAUUCGGGCUAAAAAAGUCAAGCCACCUCAUGAGGUUCACAAAAGACUCCUUAUUCGAGGAAUACGAGAUAUACAAGUUCCCGUAAUGACUAGAGCCAUUCCUCUGGACGCAACCCUUCGAUACGACAAUUGCGUCUGGAUAUCCCAUUAUGACACUACAUUCACGACAGCUGGCGGCAUAAACAUGCCGAAGAUUAUUUUUUGUCAUGGCAGUGACGGCGAAAAGUAUAGACAAUUGUUCAAGGGUGAAGGUGAAGACGAUUUGAGGCAAGAUGCAGUAAUGGAACAAGUGUUCUCUCUGGUCAAUGUCGUUCUUAAAUUCGACCGGGAGACUAGACGACGGGCGCUCAGCGUUCGCGGAUACAUGGUAAUACCUCUGGGAGCUCAAGCCGGAGUGUUAGAAUUUGUGGGUAAUACUACUCCACUACGAUUAUGGCUAGAGGCAGCUCAUAUUCGAUAUCGACCCGGAGAUUACAAGUACAGUGAAGCUGGGGGUAUGUUGGCGAUGGAGCGCAAAAAGUAUCCAGAGCAAGAGAAGCCCCUGAUCGCAAUGUAUAAGCAUAUCAGGGAAAGAUGCAAACCAGUGAUGAGACACUAUUUUACUGAAAAACACAAGGACCCGAACAGCUGGUUUGCGAUGCGCUUAAAGUACGUGCGCAGCGUCGCCACAACCUCCAUCGUUGGUCAUAUUCUCGGUCUGGGAGAUCGUCACAUUUCCAAUAUACUGAUUGAUAACGGCACGGGGGAGGUUGUUCACAUCGAUCUUGGGAUAGCAUUCGAUCAGGGAAAACUGCUCCAGGUCCCAGAACGUGUACCCUUCCGAAUGACCCGAGAUAUGGUCGAUGGUAUGGGGAUGUCAGGCACUCAGGGCGUGUUCCAGCGAUGUGCUGAAGAGACGCUUCGCGUUCUGCGCGAUCGCUCUGACGUGAUCAUGACCGUGCUCGAAGUGUUCAAAUACGACCCCCUCCACUCAUGGACGGCAAGCGAGUUCAAGAUCAAGAAGGUCCAGGGCAGCAGCAACGAGCAUAUCACGCGCGACAACCACACGCGCCUCGGCAUUGGUAUCGACAUGACGAGCGGCAGUGCCGAUGAGGCGGCCGAUCGUGCGCUGUCCUCCGUCUCUCGGAAGCUGGACAGGUCGCUGAGCGUGGAGUAUACCGUCAAUGCACUCAUCGCCGAAGCGACGGACAUCGUUAACUUGGCUACGAUAUUCCAUGAGGAGGCACUGAGCGGUGAUUUCUCAUAG